AUGUUAAAUGAAUCUACUCGAAAUGACAUACUGUCAUCAGUGUUCGCUCUUAAAAAUACAAUUGAAGAUAAUACAUUAAUUAAGCUAAAAAGACCUUUAAAAGAACAAUCUGAAACGAGGAAAAAAAAGUUAAAUUUCACAACAAUUAAAAAAGAUGAUGAAGAAUUAGAAGUCAGGAAGCAUUCAAUAAGAGCCUCAAAAGAGAAUAUCGACUAG